AUGGCCCCAAAGAAGGCAAAGAAGACAGCCGACAGCAUCAACUCGCGCCUGGCGCUUGUGAUGAAGUCUGGCAAAGUCACUCUCGGCUACAAAUCUACCCUCAAGACUCUCCGUUCUGGCAAGGCCAAGCUGGUCAUCAUUGCCGGCAACACCCCUCCUCUGCGCAAGAGUGAACUUGAGUACUACUCUAUGUUGUCCAAGACAAAUGUCCAUCACUUCGCUGGAAACAACAUUGAAUUGGGCACUGCUUGCGGAAAACUUUACCGUUGCUCAACCAUGGCUGUGCUCGAUGCUGGUGACUCUGACAUUCUCGGUGCCAGCACUGCAUAA